GCAAAUAAACCAUAUAUCAAGAGAGAGAGGUUGCUUAGUUGCUCACUAGCUCACUUUCUUUAUCUUUUCUUGCUCAUCACAAAUUUCAUGCCAAUUUAGAACAUGGAACAAGUUGAUCACAAAUCAAACCACAAGUGCAAAUUCUGCCGCAAAAUGUUCCCCUGCGGCCGGUCCCUCGGUGGCCACAUGAGGUCUCACUUGAUCACCUCCAGCGACGAACCAUCAUUAUGCACGAAGAAGAAGAAGACGAAGAAGCGAUCUCAAAGGUACUCGGACGAGUCCUCCCUUGAUCUCUCCUCCUCCUCCUCCGAGCAGGAGGAGGUUGCCUUCACCUUGAUACUCCUCUCCAUGGAUUGCACCAAUUCUGACUCCAACAACAAUAACAGAAUCAAGAGCAACCGGAAUGAUCAAUCCGAGGAUAACAAGUUUAGGUGCAUGAUUUGCAACAAGGCCUUCUCGUCAUACCAAGCAUUAGGUGGUCACAGAGCAAGCCACAAAAAGUUCAAAGGUUGUUGUGCUCCGACAACAACAAAUCCACCUCACAAUCUUCAAGAUUGCAAGAAAAAGUAAAGAUCAUGAGUGCCCAAUUUGCUUCAAGAUCUUCCCAUCAGGCCAAGCAUUGGGUGGUCACAAAAGAUCCCAUUUGAUCACUGAUCAGCCCAAGAUCAAUCCCACUGGCCAUCUUCGUGUCGAAGAGACACAAGCUCCACAAG